AGAUCUGAGCUUCCAGUCACUUAACGGGACCGUCAGGGCGAAUAGCAGAUCCACUCACGGAAGAGCGCUCCGUGAAUGUCUCCCCCACUGCGCCUCUGAACGUUGGAUUCUCUCUCCCUAACGUCGUCGUUCACGAUCCUUGACCUUAACCGUAACGUCCUCUCUUAUGGCCUCCUGCGACGACGACGACUUCUCCCUCCUCAGUGACGAUCAUCACCAAUCAAGCGCUGGCCCCCACCACCACCUUCACCAAACCUACGCACCGCAUUCCUUCUCAUCCGCCGUCACGCCUGUGCCGUCGGAACCGGUAGGUGACACCAGCGAAGUCUAUGGAUUUGAUAACGAGGCCGACGACAACGACAAGCGAACUGAUCGGGAGGAGGCCGGCGACGGUACGACGUCGUACGGAUACAAAAGGCCCAAGCUUUCGAACGGCGGGGAGUAUAGGAAGGAUAGGGAGGAGUGGAGCGACGCCGCGAUUGUUUGCCUGCUUGAGGCUUAUACAGAGAAGUUCACUCAGCUGAAUCGCGGGAACCUUAGAGGGAGGGAUUGGGAGGAAGUGGCGUCAAUAGUUAGUGAGCGGUGCGAAAAUCAAACCAAGAGUGUGGAGCAAUGCAAGAAUAAAGUCGAUAAUUUGAAGAAGAGGUAUAAGUUGGAAAGGCAUAGGAUGAGCAAUGGCUGCAUUUCAGCCAGUCAUUGGCCUUGGUUCAAGCAGAUGGAACAGAUCGUUGGCAAUUCGCUAUCUACAAAGUAUGUGCAGGAUGAAGACAAGGGGAUCGGUUCUGGGGGGAAUUCGCCGAGACAACCGAAGAGAUAUGGAGUCGCAAUGUCCAGCAGUGGAGGUCAGCUGAAUAGCUUGAAGUCAAAACCAAUGUCAAAUGUUAGAUGGCGUAGGGUAGUCUUCAAAAUUAGCGGAGCAGCUCUUACUGGAUCUGCUACCUGCAAUAUUGACCCAAAGGUGGCCACGUUAAUUUCAAAAGAAGUUGCCAUAGCCUCUCGCAACGGUGUGGAGGUGGCCAUUGUUGUUGGAGGUCGUAACUUUUUCUGUGGAGAUGCAUGGGUAACUGCCACUGGUUUAGAAAGAUGUACUGCAUACCAAGUUGGCAUGAUGGCUACUGUGAUGAAUUCUAUAUUACUCCAAUCAACUCUAGAGAAGAUGGGCGUUCAAACUCGUGUACAAACUACCAUUGCCAUGCAUGAAUUUGCUGAACCAUACAAUAGGCAGCGGGCCAUUAGACAUCUUGAGAAAGGCAGAGUUGUUAUAUUUGGCGGCAUUGGUUUUGGCACUGGAAAUUCACUCUUUUCAACUGAUAUAGCUGCAGCUCUUCGAGCUUCUGAGAUUAAUGCGGAGGCUGUUCUCAAGGGUACUAAUGUAGACGGUGUGUAUGACUGCAACUCCCGGGAUGGCAAUUUCACCUUUGAGCACAUUUCCUUCAGGGAGCUGGUUUCAAGAGGUGCCACCUCUAUGGAUAUGACGGCACUGACAUUCUGUGAGGAAAAUGCUAUUCCUGUUGUGGUUUUUAAUCUCCUGGAGCCUGGGAACAUCUCAAAAGCCUUGUGCGGAGAACAAGUCGGUACACUAAUUGACCAAACCGGAUCCAUGAGCUGAUAAUUUAACAUAUAUUACUAGUUAAACUGGAGCAAAUAAUGUUGACUCGAGUGAAGCUGGUGAGGAGCCUAUUAAAGAAAUAUAUCACAAUUGGACAGGUUGUGUGUGGUGAAGCUGUUGCAGAGUGGGUUGGAGGCAGCAGAAACAUUGGCGACACCCUAUUUAUAGGUAGCAUGGUUGACUGGUUGUAAUAAUAUGUGCUUCUGUAUAAUAAUAAUAAUAAUACAUGUGUAUUUUUAAGUGGAUCCUAGAUGUUGUGUUAUGGUAUUAUAGUAGUAAUUACCCUGUUAGAAUAUGCGAGCAUGAAUUUGACUCGAAUUCGGCCUACAAAUGAGUUUAUUAUACUUCAGUUUAGUCCAUUUUUCCUUUUA